AUGAUCAGCUCGGGCCUUAUUGUGCGAGCCUUGAUGACGGGGGAGGUCAGCAGCAGUGAUGCCAAGAACGUGGCCUUGUCACUCCUAGCAGAAAUCGCGCCCCGCAAGCAUCCUCCAGCAACCUCAGUGCUUACCCAGAUGGCGAAAGCCGAUGCAGACCCCAGCGUCCGUUUGGCAGCACUGGAUGCCCUCAAAGCGAUCGCUGGGGAAGGAAGCUGGCAGCUCAAAGAAGCCGCCCUGCAUUUGGUGCUGGAUGAGGAUGAUGUUGUGAGAGAUGCAGCUGCAGAGAUCUUAGAGCACCUGGACCUGACUGAGGAGCCAGCAGACUUGCAGACUGGCGAACCAGAUGAUGCUCCAAGAGAGGGUGAGCAAGGUGAUCUUCCUGGAUGCUUGACACUGUCAAUAGCAGAAGAUGAUGCAACAGCUCCUGUCUCCACAGAGCCACACCGGGGACCAGAAGAGCCGCAGGCCUUCGCUGAGGCCCAUGUCUUGGAUGUGGAGCAGACGCUGUCGGAGUUGGCGCAACACUUCCAGAGUGUUCAAUGCUUGAAUGAAAGCCAAUGCUUGCAGAUGGACCAACUCCUGAAGGAUGAAAAGGCUAUGCAGUGGCUUCACGAGAAGUUCCAGCAAUUUCAGCUGAUUGAAGGAGAGGGCAUCGAAGUCACUCCAGGCCCUCGAUACCCCAUGGGCGCCUACCUGGAUGAUUUGCGGGUCUUGGAAGUAAUCGAAGACUCCGUCGCAGCGAAGGCUGGGGUUCUGCCGGGAGACAUCAUCCAACAGGUGGACGAUGUGGAGAUCACAACGCAAGAGGAGCUACGCCAGCAGAUGGAUGUGCCUGGGCGCAAGCGCUUCUUGGUGGAACGUGCUGGAGAGGAGGCUUGA